AUCCAAGUGUGUUGUAUUCUUAAUGAAUUAGUCAAAGGUGUAUGUGGGUUACAUUUUAUCACUGACAAUGCUCAGGACGGAUAUUAAGGAUCGUACGGUUCAUCGGGUUGUUUAAAUACCGGGGUCCUUAGUACCACAUAUGUACAGAAUAUACAGUCUUCGUAAGCUUAGGCCACAGACGAGUAGGGGUUGUACGGGCAUGGGGGUUUAAAUGUACCCGGGAAUUAUCGGAACAGGUCUGUCCAUUCUGUAAUGUCUAAGUAAUUACAUAAUGGAGGCGACAGGCAAAAAAGGAGAGGAGGAGGAGCAAGAGGAAGAUGAUGACCAAGAACCGGCGCCACUUAUAUCCCAACAGGCGCUCAAAGACCGAUUAUGGACAAUCGUUACAGAAGGCAAAUUUAAAGAUCUGAAGAAAUUUUUCCACAUUUUUCGCAAGAACGAUGUUCCAUUGGACGACUUCAAUGACGAUUUCGACGAAGACGGUGGGAAUGUAUUGAUGCAAUGUGUGAAGGAAGGAUGUGACCGGGGCAAUUCGUUCGGACGGGAUUAUAUAAAGUGUAUUCGUCUGCUUAUAGAGAAAGGGACAUCCACUGAUGACCAGGAUAAGGCGGGUCGAACCCCACUCCACUGGGCUGUGUUCAGUAAAAAUGUGAAUUUCGUGAAUGAGUUAAUAGAAAGCGGGGCCGACCCGACCAUUCGUGAUCAGGAUGGGAUGGACCCCUUUCAUCUAAGUAUAAUAAUAGGUGCCAAGGAAAUAUUUAACUCCAUUGUUCGAGAUCGGGAGGUGGAGUUCCUCGACCACAAAGAUGGGAAGGGUGUGCCACCUGUGGUUGCAGCCAUACAGCACAGACAGUUAGACUUUGCACGACGUCUUUUGGACCUGGGCGUCGACAUCAACGCCACUGACCGCAGGCUCAAACGCACUGCCUUACACUACGCCAUCUCGCUCAAACGUUUGGAUUUAUACGAACUUCUACUAAAAUAUAAGCCCGAGGUAGACGUAGCGGACUACCAGGGUAAGACAGUAUUUCAUCGCGUGUGUGGCAACAAGGAUCCAAGGUACUUUCAGAAGCUGAUAGAGACUUAUAACGGCAUACCGGAGGACGUCAUGGAUCAGGCAGCGGAUGAUGGCAUGACGCCUGUCAUCAUCGCCUGUCAGAAUGGCAACCCAGAACAACUCAAAGAGCUCCUGGAUAAAGGGGCCUCUGCCAGCGAUGCAGACAAGACUGGUAAGUCAGCGCUACAUUACUGUGCCGACAACUUAGAGACACAAUGUGCGGAGAUGAUCCUACACAAAGACGGGGAUCUCCUCAACUCCAAGGAUGAGCAGGGGUUCACGCCCCUCCACAUGGCUGUGAUAGGGGGCAAUGCCCCCCUCCUGCGUCUCCUGUUGAAGAAGGACGCAGAUAUUAACUGUCUAGAUAAUGAACACCACACCGUGGCACACUGGGCGACAGGGCAUCACAUGACAGGACGUAAAGUAUGUGGCCACCUAGAGGUGCUGGAGAUUUUACUGGAGAACGGAGCAGAUGUGUCGCGGGCAGACAGUCACGAGGCUUUCCCUAUACACUAUGCGGCCCAGAUGAAUGGCAAGGAGAAUGGUCACACUGAUCCGAAGAUUGGCGAGAAAGUGCUCAAAAAACUUGUUGACAAUGGUGUGCCAACAGAUGUCCUCGACAAAGAUGGUCGCCAGCCUUUACUAUGGGCAGCUAGUGCUGGUAACUCCGAGUCCUGUAAAUUGUUAGUGAAAGCAGGCGCUGAUGUAAACGCUAUAGACAAGGAUGGACUGUCAGCUCUCCAUUGUGCAGCAUCGCGUGGUCAUGUCAAGUGUAUAGAGACACUGAAAAACCUGGGGGCCAAUGUAGACCUGGCCGACAAAAACAACUGUACAGCACUGUUCUAUGCCAUCACACUGGGAAACAAAGAAUGUACCAAGGCCCUCCUCAAAUUUGGUUCCAACCCAAAUCACCAGGAUAACCGCGGUCGAACGCCGACCCACUGUGCUGCAAUUAAGGGGUGUGUGGAUACAGUCAAGAUGCUGGACAAACAUACUGCCCAGCUGUGGACACCCAGCAUCCGUGAGGACUGCCCCAUUCAUGAGGCUGCUCAAGGUGGAUUCUGUGAUGUUGUGAAGUACCUGUUGAAGUGGAAGAAUGAUCCUAGUGCUGUGAAUAUACCUAAUAAGGGAGGUCGUACCUGUCUACACAUAUCAGCCAUAGUCAACAACCUUCCUCUCUGUAAACUCCUCAUCGACAAUGGUGCUGACAAGAAUGCCGCAAUGAUCCACAAGGAUAAGACAUACACUCCCUAUGAUGCUGCAGUAGUAAAAGGUAACCAAGAGACUGCUGAGUAUAUCAAGGGCAAAGGUGGAAACUCUGCUUCAAAUCUUGACAAAACAGGCAAGCGUGAGUCUAAGUCAGCUAAAUCCCGCCGGAGUGUACUCACACUUGAGAGUACACCAGAAGAGCGUGAAAAAGAGGAACAAGCUGAAUAUGACAAAAAGGGAGAUGUUAUUUUGACUCCAGUUUCUUCUCCUUCCAAAGGCAAAAAAGGAGGAAAAGGUGAUAAAGAUAAGGACAGAGAGCAAGACAAAGAAGCUGAAAAGAAACACAAGGAAGCUGAAAAGAAGGGAAAAGACGAACAAAAAUCAGAUGGAGAGGAAGAUGAAGAUGAAGAGGAUGCAAAAGAUCCAGGAGUAAAACCAUUAGUAGCAGCUGGUGUAGGUCUCAAAGCUAAAGACAAAAAGAAUAAAGAUAAAGAAGCAGACACUAAAAAGAAAACAAAAGGAAAGUCUGAGGAGGAGAAGGAUUCAGAGAAACAACGGAAAGAAAGCCGGUCAGAGGAGGAGGAGGAGGAGAAGGAUACUAUUGACAAAACUGUUCCGCUAGGAAAGGCAGGUGUUGGUGCUAAGAGAAAAGGAAAAGGAGAAAAGGAGGAGGAAACUGAGGCAGAGGUAGAAGAGGAGGAAGCAGAGGACGACAACAUAGACGAAGCAGGAAAAAAGAGCAGAAAAUCUUCUGAACAGGACGACGAAGCUGCACGUGUUGCAGCGGCUGCAGCAGCUGCAACUGCUGUAAAAGUGAAGAGAAGAGGAAGCAAAGAGGCAGGCAAAAAGGACAGUCGUGGAGACAGUGGUGUAGAAGCUGAUUCAGAACAAGAAUCGUCAGAGGAGGACGGCCAAAAAGAGAAAGGGAAAGAGAAAAGUGAACAGCCCAAGGGAAAGACUGGUCAAACAGCAGGUGGACGAGUUCAUCGCAAGAAAAGAAAAGCAGAUACAGUUGAGGAAGAGGAAGAAGAAGAAGAAGAAAAAGAGGAAGGGGAGAGCGCUGGAAAGCAAGACACUGCUGCUUUAGCUGCAGCAGCAUUGCUAGCUGAGGAGGAAAAGAAGAAAAAGUCAAAACAGGAAAAAGGCAAAGAGGACCAAAACGAAGAAAAAAAGCAAAGGGAUUUAGAGGAACAGAAAAAGAAAAAGGAAUCUGAAAAGUUGAAAGAAGAAGAAAGGAAGAAGAAAGAAGCAGACAAAUUUAAAGAAGACGAAAGAAAAAAGAGAGAGGCAGCGGAGAAAUUAAAAGAAGAGGAAAAGAAGAAAAAGGCUGAGCAAAUAAAAGAAGCGGAGAAAAAGAAAAAGGCCGAGCAGUUAAAAGAAGAGGAGAGAAAGAAAAAAGAAGCUGCUGAAAAACUCAAAGAAGAAGAGAAGAAGAAAAAGGAAGCAGCAAAUAGGAAAGGUUUGAGAGUAGCAACUCCAAAACAAGGUGGUAAAACUGGCAUUGAAGCACAAGACCAUUCACACGCUCCAGCGGCAGGUGCAGCUGGGAUAGGAUUGAAAGCAGCUUUAUCAGCAGGCAAGGAUAAUAAGGAGAAAGCAGAAGUUCAAAAGGAAGAGGUUGGAAUUCAGACUGAUCGGAAGGAGGAGAAAGAGAAGCCAAAGACAACCGACACUGGAAUACAGACAAAGAAAAAUCAUACCAGACAGAGUGGCAGUCAGACUGAAUUAUCAGGUGACCAGGUGGUCAGUAGAGAAUCGUCUCUUGAUCGUCAACCUAAAUCUCGUGUCAGGACUGCUUCUAAGGACGGUGAGUCUGAAGGAGAAUUUGAGGUUCCAAAAGGUUCUCCCGAGUCGGAAGCAGAAGCUCUGAGAGUAGCAGCUGCAAAGAGAAGUGUAUCACGGGCAGAGUCGGAAUCAAAUCGCGAGGAGAAACCACAAAGCAGGCAGCGUGUGAUACAGUCGCCUGCCAAAGUACCCACUGACGGUAGAAUUAGCCAGGGGUUAUUGACGAAUUCUCGGAAACCCUCACGCCAAAGAACAUUCGAGAGGAGUGACUCGCCAGAGCUCUCGUCAGGUGAAGAUAUUGAUGAAAAAGAUUAUGUUGAUGCUCAACCAAGAUCUCGUAAACAACGUGCCCAAAAUAAAUUACAAAAUAGGACACGCAGGCUAAGAAACCGCCAAGUAGCCGGAGUGUAUCAUCCUGACAGGCUUUCUAAACCUAUCUCUGUUCACAAACAAAUUAAAGACAAAAAGAAAUUAGCUCGUGAACGUGAUAGUCAAUUGAACGGAGGACUUGUGGAAAUGGAUCGUUCAGACGAAAUAAGUGAUCUUGAACACUCAAUUCUACGUACCCGCCGAGGUGGUGGGCGGUGUGUCAACUCUAUACAGGAGAGUGUGCGUCGGUAUCAGAGCGAGCGACGUAUGGUAAGACAACUUCAUCAGCUCAAGCGGGCCCAGAUCUACACGGGCCCAAUGCAUGACGUUGUCCUGUUCAGUAAGCUGAUGGAUGUGUAUAGAAACAAUGCCCCACAUGACGGAGACAGCACGCUUGACUCACAGGUGCUGGAGGACUGGGAAGGUUACCUCCGAGAUAACUUUGAGGAUAAAGAGGAUCAACUCCAGUUUGUUUCACAUUUCUACGAAGAUGAUAGGACUGGACUCCGAUCCGGAACCAACACAGUCAGGACUCGGCCUUCUAGAUCGGAGAAAUCGGCAAACUCUGCUAAACGUAGUGUGGACAACAGAUAUGCUGAAUUAAGAUUUAAAGAGGAGUUUGAUAUGACUGAAAGAGAGGCUGAGCGAGAAGCUUUGGACGACAGAAUGAAGGAUGCGGCGAAAAAAACCGACGAAUCGCUGAAGUCUGUCCACAGCAAGACUUCAAAUAGUCUCAACGAGGCAAAGAAAGUGAAUGACCAGCUCCAGAACGAUUUCCGCCGAGACGUCACGGAUCGUCUGAAGUCUGGCAAUUCGACAAAGAGAGAGCGCCAGUGGCUCAUCCAAGAGUCCUUGAGUGAUGAAGCCCAGUCUCAGGCCGAGAGUGCAGAGAAGGCAAGGAGAGAGAAAUACAAAGAAUGGCACAAGAAAAAGAAUGAAGAGCUAAGGCGGAAACUUCUUAAUGUCUACGGACCUGAUCAGGACUACUCCGAUCUUAAAAAUAGCAAGGCUCACUCUUUUAAGUCAUCUACGCCACGGAUUGCAUACACAUCUACCCCACGCCCAAAAUCUCAGAUAACGAUGACCAGCGGAGGUAUGUCUCAGGCCCAGUAUGGUAUGGACCGAGAGAUCACUGUUCAGAUGACGGAAUACGGCAUGCGGAGGGUAAAGAAAGAACCAGAUAAUCCAUUCGGAAACAAAGUGAAGAGCAAAAAAGGGCUUGUGCGUAAAGGCGUGUUGGAGCAAGAUCAUAGUGAAGCCAACUGGACGCCGAAGUUUGAUGGUUCUCUGAGACCUCGGGCAGGACUUGUGUUUGUGGAGCCAGAUAUCUACGAUGAGGCUCUAAAAGACGAACAGAGGAUGAAGAAAGCUUACUCUAUAGCAGCACGCAGUAGUGCAAACGUAACAAUGGAUGACGAACGUCUGUUAGGACCUGUAUCAUCAUGACCAAUGUCAUAGCUAGAUGCUUUAUCAUAAUUAUGUUUGGAAAAUGGGAACACUAUGGACAGAUUUGUGUGGACAAAUUGGCAUUUUUGUUUAAUAAAAUGUUGUGUAUGUACACCACAAGAACAAUAGCUGGUCAAGGACUCAUAAGUAAAGAAAGGCCAAAAAUAAUGAUGGGAAAAUGCAUCUCUUCCGGACAUGUUUAAGACCAGAGAUAUUUUUUGCUUCAAAACAAGUGGGCAAUGAAUCCAUGGAACCCAUCCUUUUAACACCCAACUAAAGGGGAUUUCUGGAUGAAUGUACACAGUUUAGUAACUUUAAAUGGUUAGAUAUGUGGAUGGUUUUCUGUUGGAAACAUUUCUGGUGAAACAUAUGUAUGUUGUACUAUUCUAAGUGUUAAUUUAUUCUUUAAUUGAUUUGACUGUAUAUUAUUUGAUUUUUUUUUUUAUUCCCGUAAAACAUGUUCUAUUUAAAUUAGUGCAUUGUUAUAUUUCAUGUUCUUUUUAAUGGCAUUUAAGUAUAACGUUCGAUGAUUUCAAGUCAUAUACAAUAACGUCACUUUGUCCGUUAUAAUGAGUCAAUAUACAUUUUGAAAUUCCUUUUUAAUAUACACUAUUGUGGUUGCUGAAAAAAUCUAAAUGUUUUUUUAGAAUUCUGUGUGAAACGCACCAGUUUUAACUCUUUAUUUUGUAAAUAUAGUUGAUGAAAUUAUGCACAAAUUGUUUACCAAUUUAAAAUGCUGUUUGUUACUAUGGAAGUAAAAAUAAUGUGAAAGCAUGAUAAAAAAUCCACCAUAGCCCGACUGUUCUACAGGGGUGUCCUAACGAAUGAUGGUUACAUAAAUAGAAGCAAAUAAAAUACAAACAAAUUAAAAGACAUAACAUUUGUCAAGUGUCUUAAAAAAUCGCAUGAGAUUUGGAUAUUUCGACAUUGCAAACUUCUUUUAUAUCGAAACAAUCAUAUUAUGCCAGGGAAAUAUUUUACUCGUGUUUGGUUUUUAAAAUAUCCAAUGAAAUUUAUAAAAUUAUUUGUAUAACAUAGUUAUACCUGUAACGAUAUAAAGAUUUCUAUAGGUGGUAAGUAGCGGACAUAUUCAAAAGGACUUUGUAUUAGAUAUAUUUGAAUAGUCGACAUAGUACCUUUAAAGUCAUAUUAAUUCGAUUUCAACUAUAGAUAUCAAAUGUUCUCGAAAACACUAUAGAUGUAUUUGUCUUGAAGCUGAUGAACGGUUAAGUCCGGAAUUACUUCCAUAUGUAAGUUGUUGGUGAGAAUGAUUGGGAGCUUACACGUACCUUUAUUUGCCUGGUUUUAUUUGGUGCCAUAAUAAAUGAACUCAUUGUUUAAAAUGUCUCUUACAUAGCGUAAUCAUCCCUCCCACAAAAACCUAUGACUCAUAGUGCUUACUGUUGUGUUGAAAAUCAAAGACGGAACAGAGUUCUGUUUAGAGCUUAUUUGAAAUCACUAUAAUUACUCUCCAAUCUGGAUUUGUUUUUCUCUUACCGUCUUGCUAGGUAUUUGACAUACAUCUCAGUUUUGUAAUGCGAUUAUCUAUAUUAUCUGAAGAGCAGUACCCAAUUAUCAAAGCUUGGUGUCUUUACUGUACACGUAUACCACAUGUAUAGGGCCUUAUACAUUAUAGACGUAUACAUUAUAAAAAUACACAAUUUCCUGUACAUGUGAAUAUAAUCAGUCACUGGUUUGAUAGUGCUAACAUAACUUACUUGAUCAUUUCUUUGAAAAAAAACCACUUUCUUUAACUGGAAAUCGUAACAGUCAUAUAAUUAUGUUAUUGAUUCAAGUUUAACAAGAAACAAGAACAGCUCUAACAAUCGAAACCCGUUGAUUUACAUCUAUCGGGUUUUUUCUGCCAAGAAUGAAAAUUGGAUGAAAGCACAUUAAUGAACGCAUCUCACUGUUAUGAUUUUUAAAUGUCACUAAUUAUAAACGGUGAAUAGUUUUGUUUAUAGGUCAAGGUAGUCCACUCUAUUAUUUGUAAAAAAAAUCUUCUAAUUUUCAAACUUUCCGUAAUUGUCUUUAAAUUCAUAUAUGAAAAACUAUUUUACGUGUAUUUCUGUUCUUCCUUGACAAUGUUACGUGAUGUGACGUCAGUGCUUGUAGACAUCACGCGUGCAUUUUGAUAUCGCAUUUUACACACAAAAAUGACACAGAUUGGAAAAAUCCAAUCAUACAUUCCGUACAAAUAAAGCUUCUCUUCAUUUAAUUCUUUGUAUAUAUGGUAAUGCGAUGAACAAGGUAUCCAUGGAGUGUGAAUUGAAUAUGAUGUAUAUCCAAUUUCGUGAAUAUGUUCUUAAAUUCACUCGUUGGAGCUCGCUUAUUAUAUUUGAAAAUUAAAUCGCUCUAUAAGUUACAACCAUAGUUUAGUAUCACUCAUAAAAUAUCGUUUACGUAAUAAUAAUAUUUUGAUUUAAGGCGACCUGCGAGAGAUUACUUCCAUUGUCAUUGUUAAUCUUUAUUUUUGCUGUUCAUAAAAUUGUAACAAAACAAAAUACAUUUAUAUUAACAAAUAUUUCGUAACCAAUUGUAUUGCAGACUUUACUUUAGCACUAGAUAUGCUGUUCGAUUUUUCUGUAAGAUGUGAUAAUAUAUUGAAAUACCAUCGUUUUGUUUCGUUUAUAAAGAAAUUCAAAUAGGAAAAUUGUCAAGGGAGAAAACUCUAGCUGGAUUGUGUUAAAAAUUCCACACUUACAGAUAUAUUAGGUUAGAAUUUCGAAGUCAGACAUGAAGAGACAAUCAAGGAAGUGCUUGUAGCCGAGUUGUUCUCAAUGUUUAUAUUUGAUUAAAAAAGGGAAACAGAAAAGUCAAAAUAAAGAUAUGAAUGUCAAUAAUAAUAUGUUUUGUGGUUUACUGUAGAUUAUUGUGAUAGUAACAUAUGUGAUAUGAAAUGUGAUAUUAAGAUAAUGAAUAUAUAUUGCCCAAUAUCUGUGAUAAUGACCUUCACGUCUAUAUGCAUAAAACAAUGGUAGACAGUACAUGUGUUACUGGGUUAGUACAAAUAAAGACGUAUCAGUUAAUCAA